GGAGGAAAAACCUAUUCUACGUGUGAGGGAAAUGCGGGUGACGUCACCACGUCCGGAAGAGCCGGCGUUCCUCGCUGCCGGUAUACAUCCGCCCCGGGGCUCGAGCCGCCCGCUGAUAGGGGGACGGGCUGCUCGUGCCAGCCCCCGCAGAAGGGGCAGCGCCUGAGGCGUGUGGGAUGCGCGCCAACGGCUACGCGCGGAGAGGCGCCGCAGAGCGAGCGCAGCACGCGCCGUGUGUCGCUGACGGCCCAAGCAGGGGCGGCGGCGGCGGCGGCGGCCGCAGCAGCAAGUGACUGGGCCGGAAUGGCCCAGCAGCAGCCAGGCCCGGGGAGCUCCCCGCAGCCCGCUUACCUCCACACCCUCCCUGCCUGCGUGCUGGAGGAUUUCUGCCAGAAGAUGGACUGCCUGAACCACUACGACUGGAUGCGCUUCGCCUCUUACGUAAUAACUGAUCAAACAGAGCUGCGGAAAAUCAAAUGCAUGGAGAAGACGGGAAUCAGCAUAACGAGAGAACUCAUGUGGUGGUGGGGAGUGAGGCUAGCAACAGUCCAACAGUUACUGGAACUUCUCCAAGGACUGCAGCUCUACCAAGCAGCAAAAGUGAUUCUGGACUGGUUAUCAGUCUCUGAUAUUACUAAUUCUGCCAGAGUACCAUUAGAGUCACCUAAACAAGAGAACAUACCCUGUUAUCCCACAGAAAACAAAAAUAAAGCCAAAGAAAAUGAGAUUGGACCAUCACCAGACUUACCAGCACUUAAUCCAGUUUCUGGAGGAAUCUCAGACUCACUCCCCUAUCCACUACCUCCCCCAGAGGACCUUAUGCACUCCCUACAAUCAAAUCCUCCUCAUUCAUCAAAUGUGAAGCCCUGUGGUUCUUCCAGUCCUCGGCAGGGAACGAUUGCUGAUCUCCCUAGUGGGAGCCUUUUGUGGACUCAGGGGGAAGUGAUAAAUGCUACCAAUGGUUUCAGUGAGGAGAACAGAAUUAAUGAAGGUAUUUUUGCUGAGGUCUACAAAGGUCAGAGACACAAUGCAGUAUACAUCAUUAAAAGGCUCAAAGAGAUGGAAUGUAUAAGCCAGAAUUCAACACAAAGAUUCUUUCAUACAGAAGUACAGAUUUGCUUUCGGUGUUGUCACAUUAACAUUUUACAACUAGUGGGUUUCUCACUAGAAAGUGGAUAUCACUGUCUGAUAUACCCCUACAUGGAAAAUGGAUCACUUGAAAACAGACUACAGUGUCAAGUUGGUUCUAUGCCAUUAACCUGGGAGAAACGCGUCACAAUUUCUAUAGGACUUAUCCGAGCCAUUCAGUAUCUACAUAACUUUGGGAUUCUGCAUGGGAAUGUCAAGAGCUCCAAUGUUUUGCUGGAUGAAAACUUGACACCAAAACUUGGACAUUCAGGUCUCCGACUGCAUUCUGUGGAAAAAAAAUCAGACUACGCUGUGAUGAAAACCAAAGUUUUACAAGCUUCCCUCACUUACCUACCAGAAGAUUUUGUCAGGCAUGGACAGCUAACGCAAAAAAUUGACAUCUUUGGUUGUGGAAUAGUUUUAGCAGAGAUGCUGACAGGCACUAAGGCAAUGGAUGAAGGAAGAACCCCUAUUUAUCUGAAAGAUGUAAUUGCUGAUGAAAUUCAAGCAGCAAAAGGAAGUUCAUACUCCAAGCACAAAACCUUUGAAAAUCUUGCUGCCAAGGAAAUAUGUUGUAAAUAUCUAGACAGGAAGGUGGGACACUUGCCAUCAGAAAUUGCUGUUCACUUUGCCACUGCCAUCUGCCUUUGUCUGCGGAAAAAGAAUCUUGACAUAGCAGAGGUGCAUGAAAUGAUGGAAAUGGCUGAACAUAAAAUAAGAGAUCACAGCAUUCUUGAAGGCAGCACUUUUUCUGGAUUCUCCAUUAAUACCCCAGAAGAAACAGAUGAUGAGACAGCUAGUUACAAUUAUGGUUCUUCAGGUGAUAGCAAUGAGGACAGUGCAACAGCAAGGUCCCUGAAGUGUGCAAAUUCAUCCCCAUCUUUACUAAGAGUCAUGCCAUCUGAAAUGUACAAUGGACAGAUGUCACAGGUCCCUUGUGAAUCGGAUGAAUUGAGUAGUUUUGUUUGGGAUCCUGUGGAGGGUUCUGCAUAUGGCCCACCUAGCAGUGGCUAUACUGAUCCAGAAAAUGCCACAUCCUCAUAUUCCGGGAGAAAUGAUGAAAUAUGUACUGGUGGCUUCCAAGAAAGAAAUGUGGCAUCCAAUGAAAAUAAAAACACUUUGGAAAUGGUAUCUCCUGCAAAAAGAAUGGUUUCUUCAAACAAUGCAAACCUUGACCCUUCAUGUUCUUCACAAGGAUUAGCCAAAGAAACCUUCUGGGAAAUAAAGAUCAAUGAUAAAAAAAAGAAGCUUAUGGAAAAUAUUUUACUAUAUGAAGAAGAAAAGUUAAACAGCUCUGAACUCUUUGAGUCUCAAAUAUGACUGAAUUAUCAGGAAUGCCGUCUUGGAAGAAGAAAUUGGGAAUCUUUUUCCGGUAGCAAGAUGGUAAAAACUAAAUCACAUACUUCUUGUAAGGUUAAGUAGGCUAUUUUCAACAGACAUGUUAACUUUCUUUGGAGAAAAAGAAUAGCCACAUCUCGGGUGAUUCCAAAAGAACAUCUGCUACAGUGUAGAUUAAAGCAGAAUGCAACUUUUAUGAUCGUAAAAUUAGCAUUGACCUCUUUCUCCUUGCCUUACUAUGCUGAAAAAAAUUAACAUUGGCAAACUGAGACAAUUGCUUGAAUUUGCUUAGGGCAAGCUCUGUUUUGCACUGCACUUCACAAAGCAUUUGUGUACAGUAUAUUUCUUUUAUGAAAAAUUAGGAUCCUGCACACUAUACAGCAGGCAUUCAUUACAUACUAUUUGGCAGUACUCUGUAAUAUCCGUUGCAUCUAGCAUACACAGGGUGAUCAAUGAACUUUUCAUUUUUUUCAAAACAAAGUAACUAAAAAUGUACCUAGUUUCAUAUAAUCUUAUUCCACGUUCUUGCUUGCACUCCAUAUCCUAGAUGAUGUGGUGGGUGUUUGUUUUUUAAGGAAAGUUCUCUGUUGAAUUCCGUAUGAUUUCAUUUCCAGCUGCAUUGCAUUGAAAACAGAUGUUUGGACAAUUUUAGAUGUCGCUGAUGGUAUGCUCUGGAACUGUACAUAUGAACAUGUAGUAUCAAAAACUACACUGAGAGAUUGUGUACACUGACUCCCACUGUAGCCUUGAGAGAGUCAUUUAAUCUCUCAGUGCCUUAACCCUAUUUUGCAGAUUAGAAAAUUAAUACCUCACUAGGCUGUUUUGACAGUUGUGUAGCAUUUUACAAACGUUAGUUAAGUGCUAUUAACGUGGUUACUUGUUUCAUACUGUAGCUUUGGUUGUAAAUGUAUAUUUUGGAUUUUGAUAUAAUUCAAUAUUUUAAUUUAAAACCUAUUUAAUUUUUUAUGCGACACUUGAAUUUGGAUUUGUAAAGGGUCUGACGCAAUGAUUAAAACAAUCAACUAAAGAUUAAUUAGUUAAAGGGCUGGAUCUUGCAGCCUUUAUUCACUUGAGUAGUCCUAGUGAAGUAGCUGAUUUCAGUGUGCCUGAUCAAGAGCUGCAGAAUUAGGCCCAGUGUUUGUGAUCACUCUGAAGAGGAAAAAUGCUAAAUAUUAUAAUAGAAAGCAUGGAUGCUACUCCUGUUUAUUUUCAAGAGGAAACCUCCUCAAGAACAUGAGUGCCAGUCUUACUCCUUUUUUCUUUACCUUGUAAUAGAGUCCUCUAAUCCAGCAUAAGGAAAUAAAACUUCAUAAUAGGAAAAAAGGACCUUCAGAAUCGUAUAGCUCAGCUUUCUGCUGUGAUUAAACCUCUAAUAUAUACUUGAGGAAAAUUCCUAUUACAGUUUGAGCAAGCAAGGAAUGCAGGAUUGGGCUUUGUAUGUGAUUCUUCCCUUUGGCAUUAUGGAAAGGUGUAAUUUUCUUAGAUAUACAAUAAGGCCUUCACAUUAAAGUCCCUUGAAUAAGGACCUAGUUCUAUGAAGACUUCUACACCUACCUAGCCAACUGCCAAUGGUAGGAGGAACUGUGGUAGACUAUAUAUCUAAAAAACCCAAAUAUUGCCUUUGUCCAAAUACUGCCUUACCAAAGUGUGGCAAGGCCAACUGUCAACUUGCAUGAUCUGCCCGAAUCUACUACCUUUCAUCUGCCUAGGGUGUUGUGUAUGUUUUCUUUGGUCUUUUUAUUGUGCAAGGCCUCAUUCUUGCAUUAGUAGCUGAUUUCAGUGGGUGUCCGUUCAGGCACAGCAGUCCAUCCACACAUUUAAGAACAUCAGAGUGGCCAUACUGGGUGAGACCAAAGGUCCAUCUAGCUCAGUAUCUUGUCUUCCAACAAUGGCCAAUGCCAGAUAUCCCACAGGGAAUGAAUAGGUAAUCAUAAAGUGAUUCAUCCACUGUUGCUCAUUCUCAGCUUCUGGCAAACGGAGGCUAGGGCCACCAUCCCUGCCCAUUCUGGCUAAUUGCCAUUGAUGGACCUAUUCUCCAUGAACUUAUCUAGUUCUUUUUUUGAACCCUGCUAUAGUCUUGGCCUUCACAACAUCCUCUGGCCAAGUUCCAUAGACUGACUGUGUGUUGUGUGGAAAAAGUACUUCCUUUGGUUUUCAAAUUGCUGCCUAUUACUUUCAUUUGGUGACCCCUAGCUCUUGUAUUAUGAGGAGUAAAUAACACUUCCUUCUUUACUUUCUCCACGCCAGUCAUGAUUUUAUACACUUCAAUUCUUAGUCCUACCUCCUUAGUCAUUUCUUUUCCAAGCUGAAAAGUCCCUGUCUUAUUAAUCUCUCCUCAUACGGAAGCCAUUCCAUACCCCUAAUCAUUUUUGUUGCCCUUUUCUGAACUUUUUUCAAUAUAUCUUUUUUGAGAUGAAGCAACCAUAUCUGCAAACGGUAUUCAAGAUGUACCAUGGAUUUAUAUAGAGGCAAUAUAUUUUCCGUCUUAUUAUCUAUCCCUUUCUUAAUGAUUCCCAACAUUCUGUUUGCUUUUUUGACUACUGCUGCACAUUGUGUGGAUGUUUUCAGAGAACUAUCCAUAGUGACUCCAAGAUCUUUCUUGAGUGGUAACAACUUAUUUAGACCCAUUACCCAGUGCAGUAUCAAGACUUAAGUUUUUUGGGGCAAGGAUCACGCCUUCUAUUUGUACAGUGCCUAGCACACUGUGGGCACUAUCAGAAGCAAAUAAGUAUAAUUUAACUUAUCCUUUCAAUGUCACAAUCUUAUACCAGGUCCUCAGGUGGAUACCUACACUAGUAAUUGACUUGUAAGUUAACUGACUAUAAGUGCCUAAUCAACUUACUAAUAUCCAUAAAUAUAUUUUCUAGAUGUUUUCUGGUAUUAAAUGUAUUGCUGGUUUAAAAAUACAAA